ACCGACUGAAUCACUGCAAUUACUCCUCAGGUUCUGCGUUGAAGUUGACGACUUCCUGAGUCCACUCUUGCUCAUAUACAUAACAAUGUACGAGGUAAUGAUUUGUGUGCCGCUGUAUCAACUAGUCCUGGGUGAGGCUGACAAUAAAUUCAGGUUCUUAACGAGUAUCGUCGAUACAACUGUCUUGCCAUUAUCCAUAUGUUUGUGCGGAGAGAUGUUAUCCACAGAGAGCAUGGGUGUACAGAAAGCUGCGUACGAAUGUCAGUGGUACCAACGGUCACAAAACCUCAAGAAACUUCUGCAGAUGGUGAUCAUGCGCACAAAGGAGCCAGUGAGAAUGACGGCUGGGAAGUUCUUCGUAAUAUCUCUAGAAACAUUUGCUGAUAUUGGCAACAAAGUGUUCGCAUACUUCACAGUGCUCAAGAAUAUGAAAGAUUAAAGGUAUAAUGUGCCAUAAAUUUCCAUUAGAAUUAUGGGUACCAACAUUACAUUUUCCAAGAGGGAGCAGCUAUAAAAUAAUGUCACAUGAUUGAGUACCUAUAGACGGGAUUUGGGUUGGAUAUUAGAUUUAUUGAACACUUACAGAACGUAACUGUAGCGCUAUCGCUAAUUGACACACUUUGCAGUUAACUACAAUAAGCGCUAAUUCUUCACAGUCUGCUGUGUCUUCACCAGCGGACGUUCCCCUGUUCCCAGGCUCAAGCGCUCGCAGGCUGGCUGCCCUCUUGCUCCUGCUUCCUACUCUUCUGUCGUCUCAAGACUCUCAUAAUCGCAGCUGCUACACCUCUGAUAAUCUCUGCACGAACUGCAUAGGAAAUAUCUCUCCAAAUAGUGAUAUUGUUGAUUCACUUAGCUAUCGAACGGACCGCGUAGAUAAUGCCGCUUCCAAGUUACUCCACUGUUUCGUGUUACGAAACUGUUGCCUAGAGAUAGGUGUGCUUGCAGGGCCGUUCCCUAGCAACUGCUAUCUCUGAUAGUUUUACAGUUCUUUCUUAAGCAAAUACGCCACAUUGUGCUUAAAUACUUAUUAUUACACUGCUUGAAAAUAUUCAUACUUGUGACCCUACAGUAUUAAAAGUACUAGAAUAUAUUGUUUAAUAUUUUAAUUUUUGGUAAUAAUAAAUAGUGGCCCAAUAAUAUGUUAACUGGCUAUUAAAUGUACAGUAAUGGCCGCGCUAUAGCU